CUACUGCGAUAUCAUCCCACCACCGCCGGUUCAUCCUCCACGCCCUUCAUCUCGACUCAUCACAACAUUCCACAAGCAUGGCCGACCGAUACUCUUUCUCUCUUACUACUUUCUCCCCAAGUGGGAAGCUUGUGCAGAUAGAAUACGCCCUGAAUGCGGUCAACCAGGGAGUUACCUCUCUGGGCAUUAAAGCUACCAAUGGAGUCGUUCUCGCAACCGAAAAGAAGUCCAGCAACGCCCUCACCAACGCCUCUUCGCUCGAGAAGAUCGCCUUAGUAACUCCCGACAUCGGCAUGGUCUACUCAGGCAUGGGCCCCGACUUCCGCGUCCUCGUCGACAAGGCCCGCAAGGUCUCACACACAAACUACAAGCGCAUAUACAACGAGUACCCGCCCACCAGGAUACUCGUGCAGGACGUAGCGAAGGUCAUGCAAGAGGCGACACAGAGCGGUGGUGUCCGGCCGUACGGUGUCAGCUUGCUCGUGGCGGGGUGGGACGACAAGCCUGCGGGAACGGGGAAGGGCGGUCCGGCGUUGUACCAGGUCGAUCCCUCCGGUUCCUACUUCCCGUGGAAAGCCACGGCCAUCGGCAAAUCUGCGACUUCGGCCAAAACUUUCCUUGAGAAGCGUUACGCCGAGGGCCUCGAGUUGGAGGAUGCGAUCCAUAUCGCUCUGUUGACGCUCAAGGAGACGAUCGAGGGAGAGAUGAGCGGCGAGACCAUAGAAAUCGGCAUCGUUGGCCCACCUGCGGAUCACUUGCUCGGAUACGAGGGUGUCGAGGGCGCGCAAGGACCCAGAUUUCGCAAACUCAGCCCGCAAGAGGUGGACGAUUAUCUGACAAACCUGUGAUCGGGGAUGGGGUGGGAAUUUGAACUUGCAUCGCUAUGACUUAGAUCAAUGGAGCCGAUAUCAUGCAGGGUCACUAGAUGAUAAUACCAUCACUACGUCAUCUAGAUAAUGAUUGUUUUCCAGCACCGGGGGUCGUCGUCGGGGAUUCCCGCAGAUCACUGAUGCUCACUCGACA